UCGUUGAGGUUUGAUCCAAUGGGCUUGCUCUCCGGUAGUGACGUCAUUUCCCGUAGUAAGGGACCAGGCGCGUAUUUUGGCGUUGAAUGCUAAGCUAGCCUGAAAUAAACGUGUUUCUAACGUAAAUAAGUCCCGUUUUGAUGGAGGACAUUAAUGCCAAGUACGUGUCUCAGAAAAUAAGCAAAACGAGAUGGAGGCCAGUUUCGUACUCGUCUCUGCAACAAGCUGAAGUCUUUGCCACUGGGUCUUGGGAUAACGAGGACAAUACGGUUUCUCUUUGGUCGAUUGGGAAUAAUGGACUUUCUGGUGGGGAAGAUGGAUAUGAUGGCGAUCCGGAGCUUUUGUGUCAACACAAACAUGAAGGAGAUGUUCUGGAUCUUCAAUUUCUGGACCAAGACCGAGUGGUCACAGCCUCGUCAACUGGAGGAGUUACCAUUUUGCGCUACAACCAAAACCACCAGGCUCUCUCGGUUUCACACCAGUGGCCAAGAGCCCAUCAUUUUCCUUGUGACCGCGCUCCCUGCACCGGCGUGGUGUGCAGCAGUCCUGAGAUCGUCACAGUCGGUGAAGACGGCAGGAUUAUCGUCUACCGAGCCGACCAGGAAGGAAUCGUUCGGGUCAUAGAGGAAGCAGAUAGCAGCACAAUUCACGCCGUGACUUACCUGCGAACAACAGAGAUCCUGACGGUAAACUCCAUCGGCCAGCUCAAGAUGUGGGAUUUCAGACAGCAGAGCAGCUCUCCCUCACAGAUACUUUCCCUGUCAGGCGAUAGAGUCCCAUUGCACUGCGUGGACAGACAUCCAAACCAGCAGCACAUUGUGGCCACAGGAGGCCAGGAUGGGAUGCUGUGUGUUUGGGAUGUGAGACAAGGCAACACACCCUUCUCACUCAUGGAGGCGCACUCUGCCGAAAUGUGGGAAGUGCACUUCCACCCAACCAACCCAGAUCAUCUGUUCACCUGCUCAGAGGACGGCUCGCUGCUGCACUGGGAAACAUCUUUGCCUUCAGACAUGCCUUCCUUCUCGCAAGGUGGUAGAAACAACAGCAUGAUAUCCCGCAGUGCAAUGGCGCCAGCGGGAGGGAACCAGUCCCUCAUUAAUGCCUGGCUGAGCGGAGACUCCAGUAAAGGCCGUCUGGAGACAACUCACAUGCUGCCGAGUCAAACGCUGUCUGUAAACAGUGUGGACGUACUCGGACAGUGUCUUGUGUGCGGGACUGACGGAGAGGCCAUUUUUGUUAACAGACAGAUCCCAGUUUAAACUAUUUGCAAACUUAUCACAUAAAAGUGCUUAUUAUUCUGCAUGGAUAAAGAAUUCCUAGAUAAAUAUUUUGCCUUGUUUUGUAUAAAUGUCAAUUGAGUGAUUUUGGAAAAUAAAAAGUAAUG